GGAGGGGGGUGGGAUCCCGGCGGGGGCUGCGCGCAGAGGAAGAAGACGAGGAGGCCCGGCGAGGAAUGUGGAGAACCGGCAUGGCUGCUGGGGAAGGCCUGCCGCAGAUGCUCCGGGCGGUCCGGGAGCAAGUGCAGCAGGCGGCGGCCCGGAGGCCUCAGACCUUACCUACCACGCCACCUCGUUUAGUGGCUGUCAGUAAAACCAAACCAGCAGAAAUGGUCAUUGAGGCUUACAACCAUGGGCAGCGUAGCUUUGGAGAAAACUAUGUUCAAGAAUUAUUAGAAAAGGCAUCAGAUUCCAGUAUUCUUUCUUCAUGUCCGGAGAUUAAAUGGCAUUUUAUUGGCCAUCUGCAGAAGAGUAAUGUCAACAAGCUAAUCGUGGUGCCAAACCUCUUUAUGGUGGAAACAGUGGACUCCAUUAAACUGGCGGAUAAGGUGAACAGUACUUGGCAAAAAAAGAACUCUUCUGAAAAGUUAAAGAUCAUGGUGCAAGUAAACACCAGUGGAGAAACGAGUAAACAUGGGCUUCCGCCUGGGGAACUGAUCACAACGGUGGAACACAUCCUUCAGAAAUGUCCCAACCUAGAAUUUGUUGGCUUGAUGACAAUUGGAAGCUUUGGGCACGAUCUCAGUAAGGGUCCCAAUCCCGACUUCCAGCUGUUAAUAUCUCUGCGUCAAGAAUUGUGUGAAAAGCUCAAUAUCCCUAUUGAAAAGAUUGAGUUGAGCAUGGGGAUGUCUACAGACUUUCAACAUGCAAUUGAAGUUGGAUCUACCAAUGUCAGAAUCGGAAGCACAAUCUUCGGAGAACGCAGCUACCCUAACAAGCCCACUAGCGACAAAACCCAUAAGGAGGUCAAAGACAGAUUGGAGAAUUUGACUCUGAAGGAGAACUAGUAGCAGAGGCCCAAGGGAUUCCCUCUGUUGGAGAGAAUCUGCUUGGAUAGCCAGGCCCUCGACUCUUUCUUUGUCCUGAUGACAGUGGAGCACUAGCAGGUACAUGGCAGGGGUGACAAGGACUUCAGCACCUGUACCUUUAUUCUUGUAUAUCCAUUGAGGUUGCAUUUAUAGAAAAAACAAAACAAAGCAGCAGCACUUGUGAUUGACUUCGGUACUUUAACUGCAGUGACUUUAAAUAACUACACUGGAUAACUUUUUGACUUCAGCCCGACUAGGUCUGGGCAGAACACCCAUUUCCAGGAGUGACCAUGAUGCAUUUGUAAUCAGAGGUUCUGGUUUGCUUCCCUUUGAAGCAAGGUUGCCUUAGGGAAAGGUUAUUCCCCACCCUCCCACUCUCAAAAGCUUGUAUGAGUCAACUUCUGCGUUUCGUGUGAAUCAACACACCUUUGCUGUCUUUAAUCUUUCCUGUAGCAUUUCAGAAAACAGGCUCAGAUUGGAUGGUGUGCUGAGUAGUCCCAACAGGGGAACGAUAGAUAGGGAUCCCAGUGAACAUCAAACCUAUCCCUGGAUCUGAGAUUUGUUGGAAGAGAUUGCAGCUGAUAUUGUUCUCCGAUUAUUACCACUGCCGACACUGAUGACUAGCUGUUUGCUGUACUAUUUGCUCUAUAAUGUAGUCCUGGUUUUUUUUCUUUCUUUCUUUAUUUGGAUCGAGUAAAAUUUGGAGCGAUUAUGAUAAGGAAGCAGGAUGACUCUGCUUGUAAAAUGCCAAGAAACCCGCUGGCUCUACUGCCAACGUGCAGGGUGAUCUCUUAACCGUGCUGUGCCUGAUCCCUAUAUGAGAAAUGGGGCCAACCUACCUCACGUGGCAAAUAGAGGGAGGGGGGGCUCGGUGCGAAACCUCCCCCCUCGUUAUCAUCAUUCCAUAGGAAAGGCUGUGCAGCUGCAGAAUGAAGCAGCUUUCAGUGUCUGCCUAACCGAAGGCCAAGCAAGAUCUUGCAGCCAGCCAUGAUUUGCUCACUUGUGCGUCUGCGUGCACACGCACACAAGAUGAGACAGAGAUGGAAUUGCAAGAUUGGAAGUGGCACGUAUGCAAAGAAUGGUUUUCCCGGACAAGCUAUGGAAUUUCUGCAUUUUAAUGCAAAGCCCAGUCUUUCCAGCUUUGGGGUCUGGAGAGUUAGUAAAUGGUGACGGGUUGUAUCCCCCCUCUGUAUAUACAUUGUACACCACCCACCCACCCCGCAUCUUUAAAAAGUACACCUUGACCAAAAUCUUGUUGAAACAGAAAGCACUGCUAAAGAUCCAUCAGAAUAUUCAGCCUUCCUUCUGCAAGUUGGUGAAAAUGUUUACAGUGGAAUCUGUUUUGUAACUCACAUGUUGACAAUCUACUUGAAAGCCUGGCCUCACGCUGUAAGUGAUCUUGGCAGAAAUAUGUGUUAAUUUAAAAAAAAAAAUCUCUGCUUUUUUCCUUUGUAACAAAAUGCUUCUAGCGCUGUGCAUCUCUGGGAUAAUUUAAUGAUGUAUCUUUGAGCCCAUUGUCCUAUAAAACACAUGCUUGACUCGUAGAAGGCUCCAGAUUUAACCCCAGCACCCCUAAAUAAAAGGGUAGCAGAUUAUGGGUCUGAAUUCUACUUGACAUUUUCAACGCCCAGUAGCAAUUGUAGAAUAUGUUGGACUUAUCAGAUGAGAUUCUUUAUCCAGGUAAAAGCCAGUUUCCUUCAUUUGUAAUUUUGGGAGUCACUUGAUUGUUCACAUCUUGGAUGCCAUUUAUGUGCCAUUAAAGCUCUCACAUCUGA